AUGUCUGGAUCAAGAUCGAAAACCGGCUGCUGGACGUGCCGUCUGCGCCGUAAGAAGUGCGACGAAAACAAACCGGCUUGUGAAAACUGCACCUCGCGAAAUCUAGAGUGCUAUGGCUAUGACCAGAAACCCGCGUGGAUGCUCGGCAAGGAGAGCUGGCAGCACGUUCUUAACUCCGACGAAGCGAGAGCUAUCAAGGACGCUGCAGAGAAAGCCUAUAGCCGCCGUAGGCAGAAGAAUCUCCACACAGCUCCUUGGUCCGCUGGUGUUAUUGUCCAACAUGUCAAGGAACUCGGCCACCCCGUGCAGUCGACCACCAUACUUGACCGCACGUGGUCUAACUGCACGCAAACCCUGCGAGAUUGCGACUAUGCACCGAACUACCAACAUGUUCAAACCUUUCUUGAUGUCAUCUUUCCCCUUCAGUGGGGCUUUUUUGCUCUCUGCAAGCAGCCAGAUCGCAGAUGGCUCUUUGACACCAUCAUCGCCUCGGAGCCUAUGUAUCAUGCAUCUUCGGGCCUAUGCAUAUCAUUCGAGACGGGCGUGAAAGCUGGCUUUACGAAUGGCACAUGUCAUAUCACGCCCGAGGUUCGAAAAUCACGGCUACUUGCACUACAAGGACUUCAACCUUGCAUCGCCGAGUUGCAGGAACAAAAACCACAAAAUUCGUCUCUACUAAAGGCGGUUCACGCUGUUGCAAUUAUGCUGCUGCUUUCGAGUCUCGAGAUCUAUGGAGAAACCGAAGGCACAUGGGAAGUGCAUCUGAAUGCAGCUGGAACAGCCUUGGACUUGGUUGAGAGGCAGUUGGCCACUCCUGACAAUGCCAGCGCCAUAGGGGAGCUUCUCAGCAACUCCACACUAUCCUUUGAGACUCGAGCACUUGGACUUUUCGUCGCUACUUACGCCUGGACCGACAUUUUGGCAGAGGCUGUACAUGGAACUAGCUACACACUCCACAUGUCGGGCGCAGAAGCCGUGGCGGUAUUUGCCCUCGCUUGCAACGUCAUGCAGGUCGUUGAGGCCGCCUGCAAGACAGUCGGCACCUGCAAGCGCAUCUACCAGACCGGACAGCCUGAUCCGGCACUCGACGAAUAUGGCAGCCAGCUCCGUGACAUUUCCGAUGCGUUGGAAACACAGCUUAACAAGACUGUGGGCCCUCUCUCUCCAGAUGACACUCGACUUCGAGACUUGGCCGUCCGAUGCACAACCAUUGCCAAUGGGUUGGUGGACCAAAUCGCAUCAGUGUCAAAGUCAGCUGGGAAAAGAACCAUCGGAUCAAGUAUCCUGCUGGCCAUCAAGAACAGAUUCAACCAAAGCUACCUCAGCCGUUGGGAAAAGGACCUUGCAAAGGCCCAAUCUGCCAUGGAAACCCAGUUGCUUGUCGGCCUGCGCCAGCGUGUAGACGCCAACAUGUUGCAGAAUGACGAAAUGGAUCGUGACCUCAAGUACUUCAUCAGCCAGCUGGCAGAUAAUCAAACAAGCCUUUCGGACUUAAUUAUCCGACAGAAACGCGAAAUAAAGGAGGAGAUUUCCAAAGGACUCACGGAAGUUGAGGCAUCGACAAAGGCUCACAUCACCGCCGAAUUGCACCACAACGAGAGCCGCAUGCAGAGCCACGUGUCUAAGGCCUUCAGCACUGUUGAAGAGACAUUCGAGAGGCACGCUCAAGAAGAUAGUUGUUCUCGCUCACAAGAGGAAGCUUAUCGGCGUCUUCUCAACAGCCUCAAAUUCUCAGAAAUGGAGGCCCGGCGGAAUCAUGUCUCUCAUGCUUGUCCAAAGACCUUUCGCUGGAUUCUUGAUUCUCAAGACUCCAGUUCAGAUGAUGAAUAUGAUGGAACCGAAGAUUACUGGGAAGAUACUGACGGCGACGACGACAACGACGAUGACGAAGGGAGUCAUAGUACCGGCAGCAUUGACUCCGAUAUCUCGAUGCCCUCUAACUCUCCCGAUUCUCCAACAUGGGAUAGUUUGAUUGAUUGGCUUCAGUCAUCUGAACCAGUGUACUGGAUCAGUGGAAAGCCCGCAUCAGGGAAAAGCACUCUCAUGAAGUUCAUUUUGUCCCACGACCAGACGAAGCCGCUCUUAAACCAAUGGCAAGACAAUGUCCGCAUACUUUCGCAUUUCUUCUGGAGACCGGGUACAGAGCUUCAACAGAGUAUCAAAGGCCUCCUCUGUUCACUCCUGCAUCAAAUCUUUGUCCAGGACAAGGACCAAGCUUUGAUAUACCUCGAGACGCGGCGAGAACUAUCCUGGAAGGAUUCAUCGUCAGACUGGGAUCCAAAGGAGCUGGAGGCUUUGCUCCUCGAGUACUUGCAGCGUCCCUUGGUCGCAAUUUGCCUAUUCAUCGAUGGCCUUGACGAGGUCUGGCCCAAAGACGGCGUCCAGAACCUCAUUUCGUUGCUCAAAACGCUCCUUCAGAAGAGCAAUCGUCUCAAACUUUGUGUCUCUAGUAGACGAGAGCAUCUAUUGGAAAGUCGUCUUUGCGAUUACCCCCAGCUAAAAAUGCACGAAUUGAUUCACAACGACCUCGAGAAAUAUGCCAUUCAGGCCUUGAGCGAGGCAUCAGCCCACGCAAACCUUGACAGCGGGGAUAUCAGAACUAUUAUCAACCAAAUUGUCUGGGCAUCCGAUGGUGUUUUUCUCUGGGUUGUCCUUGUGAGUAACUCGUUAUCCAGAGGACUUCAAAACGGCGACUCUUGCGAGGAGCUAUUUCAGCGUCUCGACUCACUCCCACGCGACCUCGAGGGCUUGUACCUGGAUAUGUGGCUCAGGCAGAACGGAGAUGACGAAUUCUAUCGCAAGUCAUCUGCGAAGUUGCUUUAUCUCUGUCUGGUCGGGUUGGGCUGGAAAGAGAAGCCUGAAUUUGGGUUAACGCCAACCGUUCUCCAACUGAUGGUCGCAAUGGAUGAUGAAGGCCCGGAGGAUCAUCUGAUACAUCGUCGUUACCCAGUUGAAGAACUCAGAAUAAGAUGCCAAACGACUGUCAAGAUGAUUCAGGUCAGGAGUGCUGGUCUUUUAGAGGUAUACGACGUAUACGACAUGUCUCAACAUGACCCGAAUUACGAAGCCAUUUUUGAUGACCGGGCGAACUUUUUGGGCAAACCAUGGGAUGACCUAUGA